AUGAGACCCACACGAAAAGCUGCUGCCAAAGCUGCUGCUGCUGUUGCAAGACCAUUAUCACCUUCACCCAUCUCUUCUGAAGAGGAAUUGGAGCAAGAUGAAAUGCAAGAUUACCCUUCUGAUUUGGAUGAAAUGCUGGCAGGUGAGAAUGAAGUAUUUAGCAGCGAAGAAGACCUGGAUGAGCCAGAUAGAAGCAAUCAAUUUGAUCAAGACAUGGACUCUCUAUCUGAACAAGAAGAGGAUUUGGAUGACGAUGUAGACAUGCAAGACGAUACAAUAGAUCAAGACGAAGAAGAAGAAGAAGAGGACGAGGAAGACGAAGAGGAGGAUCAAGACGAAGGUGAGGACGAUGAAGACGAGCAGAUGCCAGUACGCAAAGCGCCUCCUCAAGCAACAUCACGUAGCAAUAACAACAGCAACAAGCGAAAGAAGUCAGCUAUUCCCGAGAGCGAGGAAGACGAGGAAGCCAUCUUUUCAGACGACGAUGGCACAGAAAUCUUACGCAACAAGCCCAUGACAAAACGACAGCGAGCCAAGGUCAACCAAGAGGUCCCAGAAGAGUAUUUGGAGCUGCCCAUGGACACAGGCAAAAAGAAGCACCUGACACAAGAAGAAGAGCAGUUGAAGCGAUCAGAAGUAGCCAGAAGAAGAAAGAACCAAAGCAUUCAACGAGCAGAGAAAGACAAAGCAGACACCAUCAAUCGAUUGCUCAAGAAGCAAGCUUCCAAGAGCAAGCGUAUUAUUGAUGAUGCGGAAGAUAAAGAAACACCUCAUGAGAAACUGAUGCGUUUGGAGGAUCCUAAUCGUAUCAGGUAUACAAACACGGUAGAGGGAAGUCGAUUAAAUAUACCCAGUGUGUUUACAGUGGAGCAAAUAUUUGGCAGCAAUGCAACACCAGCAUCGUCGCCACCCAACCUUGCACCAAAGAUAUGUCAAGUGGAUGGGUGCUCUAAAAACCGCAAAUACACAGCCAAGAAGAGCGGAAAGUUUGUUUGCUCGCUUGAGCAUUACAAGAUAGUCGAGGCAAAUUAA